UUUGAAUGUGAUCUUAAAAUGUUGUAAACUUAAGAAAACACUUUCUUUGAUUUCCGACAGUCCAUGACACAAUGUGGACACCCGCGUGCACCUUCAGCUCUGCGGCGGAACCCCGUGCUGCUGCUGCCGCGGUCACCUGCCUGCUCGUGACCGGGAUGCUGGUCGUCACUGUCGGACACCCGAGCAGCGCUGACCCGGCGGAGCCUCCAGCAGCAGCAGCUGCUGCGGCGGGGAGCGGGAAAGUUUUCACGGCGUAUUUCAGGAAGUUAACCCGGGAGAGGAGGGCGAUUGACGGGCCCCCGAGGAGCAGCGCUCCCCCCGGGCCUGUGGAGUUUCUCUCCCCGGAGGACGUGUUCAUAGCUGUGAAGAGCACCGGGAGGUAUCACCGGCAGAGACUGGAGCUGCUGCUGGACACAUGGAUCUCCAGAAACAUGCAACAGACUUACGUGUUCACUGAUGGAGAGGACGAGAAGCUGAGGAAGAGGAUGGGGGCUCACCUUAUCAACACCAACUGUUCAGCAGCCCACAACCGUCAGGCUCUCUCCUGUAAGAUGGCUCUGGAAUAUGACACCUUUAUCAACUCUGGCAAGAAGUGGUUCUGUCACGUCGAUGAUGAUAACUACGUGAAUGUCGGCUCCCUGCUGAAGCUCUUGUCCCAGUACAGUCACACUCAGGACGUUUACAUCGGACGUCCCAGCCUGGAGAGGCCGAUAGAGGCCACAGAGAGGCUCGGCAACGCUGAAACGAGGCAGGUGCGUUUCUGGUUUGCCACCGGAGGAGCAGGAUUCUGUCUGAGUCACGGCCUCGCUCUCAAGAUGAAACCCUGGGCCAGUGACGGCUCUUUCAUGACGACAGCUGAGCAAAUUCACCUCCCCGAUGACUGCACUGUCGGCUACAUCGUAGAGGCUCUCCUCGGUGUGAGUCUUAUCCGCUCAGCGUUGUUCCAUUCCCACCUGGAGAACCUGGGGCUGGUGUCAGAUGUUCACAGCCAGGUGACACUCAGCUAUGGAACUGUAGACAACAGCAGAAACACUGUGAACCUGAAGGGGCCUUUUUCAAUAAGUGAAGAUCCUACAAGGUUCAGGUCAGUCCAUUGUGUCCUGUACCCAGACACUCCUUGGUGCCCAAGCUCCCGGCGACUUUAAGAGACAUCCAGAGAGACAUCGAGACGGGUGGAGGAGAAUGACUGAGCAUAUGCAUGAACUCGGUAUUCUCUUAUGUGGGAGGAACUCUGCAGACUUUCAGGAACAGGGAGAGGUCAGUCUGACCCUUGGGCUACCGUAGGGCCUCUGGAAGAAUCUGAAGAAUCACUAAACAUUUCUGGACAUACGUUAUCUUUCCUCUCCAAACUACAGCCUAAACGGCAGACUGACUAUUUAGGAAGGACUGUGGUUUCAUCAGUCCGUCAAACACCUGUCAAAAAGCCAAAAAUGUCAGCAAGAGAAUAGGACCAAAGUUAAAAAUUCUUGAAUGGAUGAAAGAUGGGAGAUUUUUUUCUGUCUUUAAGAAAGAAAUGAAGUGCUGUUGUUACCCCAAUGAAAAAAGUUUAUCAUCUGAGAUGUUCACCACACAGAACAGAACCUUUGUCCAAACUUUACUCCCAUCAAUGCUGAGCACCUCAUCUUCCUCAUCUAUUAGUUUCAGCUCUGCUUUGGUAGCUCCAGCUGCACAUGCUUAGCUGCACAUUAACCAGGAUGCUAUCAUUAGUUUGUCAUGGUUCAGACUGUCAGGUUAACUCUGGUCUGUUGCACUGUUUAUGGUCAUCGUUUUAUCUGUUAUGAGGAAGCACGGGUGGCCUGGGGGUUGGUUCUUGCUUCUGUGCAGGUUUGAACCCAACCUGUGGUUUCUUUCCUGUAAGUUGUUUCAUUUUCUCUCCCUUAAAUCAGUGGUUUCCAACCUUUUUUAUAGGAAACCCUCUACUUGUAUCUAAGAGAAGCUAAGCCCCCCCAGGACCCACUUGGAAAAUCAGUUUGAAAUGUUUUCACUGACAAAAUCCCAACAUAAUAGUCCUGCUUACUCAACAGGUUCUUGCUAAAAGAUCUAUGUAUAAACCGUCCACUAUUGUGCCGGCAUAUAGGUGCCACUCUAAAAAAACAAACAAAAAAGAGGAUCUGUUAAUUUAAGAGGAAAACCCCAGUUUUCAUGUAUGAAAGUCGUAAAUUUAUGGGAAAAAAGUUUUAAUUUUUGAGAUCAUAAAGUCAAAAAUAGCAGAUUGCGUGGAAGUAAAUCAGAAAAAAUCAGAAAACAGUUUCCCGUGCACAAGUCCUGCAGUUGAGAGCCUAAUCGAAUUAUACUUUUUACUGAGACUGUACAAAAGGGAUUUUAGCCCAGAACCACUACAUUAUCAUUAUCUGGAUUUAGAAGAGACAUUAAGGUAAACUGUAGUUAUCCAACCACUGUUUUCAGUUUGAUUUCUUGUUAUUUUAUUACAUUACCAUGUCAGAAAUGUAUGACUUUAAAAAUGAGAAAUUGUUGAGCUUAUAAUUUCAAAAAUCCAACUUUUUAAACAAAAAAUUUUUAGCUUUUUCUUGUAAAUUUACAUCUUCAUAAUUCUGAAAUUCUAAGUUUGGUUUCUUGUAAAUUUACAAAUUUAUAAUGUAAAUUUUUUUUUCCUAAAAAAAUUACAGAUCCUCUGUAUUUUUUAUCUGUUACAGUGGCACUAACAUACCAUCAUACAUUAUUUUUCUUAUCAUGAUUUUGAAAAUUUUGACAACAUAAGAGCAGACAGGGCUCUGCGCCCCCCCUUAGAUCUUUGGCAUUGGUCUGGAACCAAUCCCUUAAAUGAUCCAUAGAAGCCCCCAAAAUAAAUAUAAAACAAUGUGUUUUGACCACAGUGCAAAUUUUAGAUGACCUUUUAGCCAAAGCAUCAGUUAAAUUCUUUAAAACUGUUAUUUUAUUGACAAACCACAAUGAGUUGUGGAAUUUUGGAAGCCCGAGAAAACAUGAAUCCAUACAUUUUACAUCCUUGUUGUUUUCCUCGAGAUCUGGAGUUCUCCUAAUAUCGCUGAUAACACCACUGCUUUUCCAUUUCUUGAUCUUGAGAAAUUAAGCUAUUAUCAAGGGAAAAGAGCACUGUUAUUCCAACAUAAGUUUAGACCUUGAGAAAACAACAGAGAUUUUGACAUGCAACCAUACAUGAUAUUUUACUGUGUUUCCAUGUCUACUUCUGCAGGAUACUGAUACCAUCAGUGAUAGGAGUUGGAUAAACAUGAACAUUGUAGGAAACAUCAGAAGAUAUUUCACUCUCCAACUGUGGGAGACAGACAAAUUUACAGAUUAUGAUAAUCCUCCUGAGAACCACGCUUAGACCCCCCAUUGUGUCUUAUGAAACAAAUUUGAAUACAGGGUAUGUGUGAAAUUCCUCUAAUUAGUUGAUAUGUCAGUUUUUUAUGAGUUUUGUUUUAUUUUGCUUGGUCUGCUUUUUCUCAUUUUUCAUGCAUUUGCAGUUUUCAUCAACUCUUGCAGCUUCAAGAGCUUUUUUUUUUUUUUUUUUAAAUUUAAGUGAAUAUACUACAAAGCUCCACCCUGUGUUCCUCUACUUUCACUAUUGUUAACCUAUUCCUUCUGAAUAGGGUAACUGUUACAGUGAAGAGAGGAAGUUGAAGGAAUGAGGACAGCAAUUGAGAAAGAAAGAUCAUGUAUAAUUUAUCAGCAUGAUGAGGCAAAACACCAGGGGGAUUUUGACUCCAGACUCCUUAUGUGAAGUUUUAUGUUGUCAGUGUUAUCUUUUUUCUGAAGUAUAUCGUGAUGACAGAGCACUUUGCUGCUUUAUUCUGCUGUAGCCUCUGCAAUUUAUCAUGACACAAAACACAAGAAAAACAGUAUGAGGAAUGCAUACUUUCUUUUUGAGAGUUAAAAGGAAAGUUGUGAAUUUGUGCCUUUUUUACAAAAUAUGCAGUUAGCAGUUAGCCUGGAUCUGUCCUUUUUAAAUCACAUUUUUACUCUUUAAUUUGUCUAAAGACUUCCUGACAGAUGGGCUGCAGACCUUAGAUCUCAGACACCCCCCUCUCACAGACCUCUACUAUGAGACAUUUCUGUCAGCAGAAUUUCAAGUAUAAUUCAACUUUAUUCAUAAACAAAGUCUGGCAGAUACAUUCAUGAAAUAACCAUAUUGCAAAGAUUACAGAUUAAACAACAUUUCAUAAAUUAAACAGAAAAAGUCAGAGGUCUAAUCCAGGAUAAAAUUAUGUGAUGACCCAUUUUAGAAGUAGACUACAUAAACCAAUGAAGCUUAAUUAGCUUUAGCAACGUGAGCUUUAGUAAAUGGAAUUAAAGCUAACAAAGCUAUGUAGAUAACUUAAUUACAUAUCUUACAUAGCAAACGUCAGAUUUAUCACCCUGUUCAUAUAGAUUCCCAUGAGUUUGUGAGCUAUAUCUUGCCUUAGCUACGAAGCUUCAUUAUCUUUAUAUUGUAUUAUCUAGCUUAUGCAGCUAACAGAGCUACAUAAGCAGGGUAGUUAACAUUACUGCAUAAGCCAAUGAUUAGCUUCAACAAGCUUAAACAAUGUGAGCUUUAGUAAAGGUAAUUAAAGUUAACAAACUAUGCUAGUAACCUAGUCAUUGUUACUAUGUAAGCCAAUGUAAGGUAAGUUAUCUUAAGCAAUGUGAGCUUAAGGAAAAUUUAACUUCAGUUAAGCUAGCUACAUAAAUUACAUAGAUAACGUGGCUACCUAGCUUACAUAGCUAAUGUUAGAUUCAUAGGUUUUUUUCCCAUAGCUAUCGAUAAGCUUCAGGAGCUUCAGCUUAAGCUAUGUUAGCUUCGUGGCUAUGAUGUCUUUGCAGCUUAUGUGGCUAACAGAGCUACAUAAGCAGGGUAGUUAACAUUACUACACAGGCCAAUGUAGCUAAAUAAUCUUAAGAAACAUGAGCUGUAGUAAAGGUAACUGUAGCUUAAAAAGCUACGUUAAUAAUGUAUCUCCAUAACUUACCCAGCUAACAUUAGAUUAGUAGCUUUGUUGUAUAUAUAUCCCUACACCUCAUGAGCUUCAGCUUUUGCUACAUUCUCUACAUUAGCUACAUUACCUACAUAGCAUACGCAGCUAGUAGAGCUAUGUAAGCUACAUAAGUUCUGUUAGAAUGUUUUCAUGGAGGACAAGCUUUUUUCCUGUAAGCAGACUGUUUAUUCUGCUUUAUUUAAGGUUUUGUAAUUUGGUUUUACAGGCCAGGUUUUCACCCUUACCCCUACCUUAACCCUUACCCUAGCCUAACUGAAAGUUUAAUCUGAUUUUAUUUUGAAAGUUUAGCAUUUAUUUCUAUUCUGAGUUACUGUCUACAGCCAGACCCCUCUCAAAGACUUAAAAGAGUCUAAAUGAAUUAUUUGUAUCAGUGCUGGGCAAGAGUUAUCCUCAGACAAGACCAGGCUAGCUGUUAGCUGUUUUUCUACUGUCAAACGUCUUGGUGCAAAGCUGAGCAAAGCCAACUUUCUGCUGGUGGCUAUUCAAAGCUUAAUCUAAAGAAGCUGGGCUUGUUGAAGUUCUUAAAGAUGUUUUUCUUCAUCCCAAAGGCAUAAAUAGCUGUAAACUGACUAGUAGACUGGUCUAAAAGCAGUUUUAAUUUCCUAUUUAAUAGUAUGUUUGAUCAUCAUUACAGCUUGGAUCUAUAUAGCACCUUGCAAGAGCUCCAAGGACUUUAAAGAGGAGUCUAGAACAAUGCACCACAAACAACACAAAACUAAAGAAUCAUGAUAGACAAGAUUUAAGCAAGUCUGUAGGCCGAGUUGAACAGGUGGGUUUAAGGAUGUUUUUCCAAGGAAAGGAGCUGAAGAAGUCUUUCUGAUGGCAAGGUUUUCUCAAGAACUUCAAGCAGGUCCAGUUGCCUUUGCAUCUAGCUUCAAGGCUUCUGCUAACUCUUUGAAAGGAAUCAAUAAUAAGGUUUUUCUUUUCAUAUAUAAACCCCAUGUUUAAUACUUUAAGCUGUACAGUGAAGCCUCUCUUACAAGAUUUUCUUCCAAAAAGAGGAUUCUUAUUUUAUCAAUUUUCCGAGGAUUAUGAAUGUCGAUGAUUUUUGAUUUUUUUAAAAAGUUUUACUGCAGCACCGUAACAAAGAUGUUAACUUUUAAGGUUUUAUAGAAAAUGACUCAUGUUGGGUCGUCUUUUAUCUUCUGUGCUUUGAAAGCAGCUGUUACAAUUGAAUAUGAGACUUAAGUUAAAUUCUACCCCGAAUUGAAUACAAGUAUAUUAUAAAAAGUUAAUUCUGAUGCCUAAAUGCUUUCUCCAGUAUCUGGACUGAAUGUUUAUGUCAUGUUUGGAGGUAAUAAAAGUUUUUUUUUGGUCAAAAUUUGA